AUGGCUCCCCUCGACAACCACACCGCUUCCAUCAUGGAGCUCGUCGCCAAAAGUCGCACGCUUCUCUCCCGCACCGCCGAGUCGAUCGCAGCACCCUUGACAUCCGAUGCCCUGGCCAACCUGAGGACGAGAUCGCUUCGUUCCGUCACGCAGUUCUACACGCGAGCUGUCAACUCGGGCGACAAUGGUUCCGACAGCUUAAUCAACCUCCUGCUCGCCAUCCUCGGCCUCGUCUUCCUCUCCCUCGUUCUCGCCACCGCCCUCUACUUUCUCCAUCGUCGGCGCCGCCUCAACCGGCAGCGAAUGCAAACUCUGCCGACCUACAAGGAAAUGUCGCAGAAGCGAGGCCUCACGCUCUCCCACACCGGCCGCCCGAGCAUCGUCUACAUCGGCCGUGAUGGCGAGCCGAUGCUGCAGAACCCCCGCUCGCCUCCCCACUCGCUCGACAACGUGCCCGAGAUUCGCAUCACCUUUCCCGACGAGCAGGAUGAGCAAGGCCGACCGAGGAGCGGUCGCGUGCUUGUCGUCCGCGUCGGCGACAACGCCACCGUCGGCCUCGAGCCCAUGCGCGAGGAGCCGCUGCCAGCGUACGAGAAGGACUCCAAAGAUCAGUUCCACUCCAUCGACAUGGACCAGAUAGGAGGCUUGAAGGAGAAGGACCGCGCCCUGUUCCAGUAA